CCCCGGCGGGGGUCCCGUGUCCUACUCGCGUCACAGAGACCCCCGGGGGGAUGAGGAGGAGGAGGGGGCGGAGCCAAUCGUGCGGCUGCCACGCCCCCGGUCACGCCCUCGGCACAGACCACGCCCCUGGCUCCACCCCUUGGCGGUGCUGGCGCUGGGCUCGGCCACGGCGUUCCUAUUGGGGCUGUUGGUGGCCGGCAUUGGCCGCACCCCCUGCAGGGGCGGGGCCAUGGGGGCGGGGGUGCUGCCGGCAGGCUCCACCCCCGAUGGAGUUUGGGGCGGGGCCAGUGCAGAGGCUCCGCCCCCCCGGCCCCGCCUGCGGGAGCUGCUGAGGCGACACCUGAGGGAGGAGAGGGUGGAGAGGUGGGCCAGGGAGGUCAGCGCGGGGCCGCACGGGGCGGGGUCGGGGCGUGGCCGGGCUCUCGCCCAAUCGGUGCUCAGUGCCCUGGCGGGGGCGGGGCUGAGCCGGGCCUGGAGCCGCCCCCAGCCCCUCCCCCUCCCAGUCCGGGGGGCGGUGACCCUGCGGUGGGUGGGGCCGGGGGGGGAGGAGCUCGAGCGGCUCCCGCUGGACCCCGAGGCCUUCUGCGCCUGGAGCGCCCCCGGCACGGCCACGGGCGGGCUGGUCUACGCCCACUAUGGCCGCCCCCAGGACGUGGCCGAGCUCCGGGCCCGGGGCGUGUCCCUGCGGGGACACCUGGCGCUGCUGCGGCUGGGGCGGGGCAGCCCCGCCCAACAGGUGUCGGCCAUGUUCGGGGCGGGGGCCGCGGGGGUGCUGCUGUACCGGGACCCCCGGGACACGGCCGGGCCGGGGGGGGGUCCCGGGCUGGGGGGGGGCACGGCCCCCACCCUGCAGGUGCAGGGGUGCAGGGGUGGGCGGGGUCUGGGGAGGGGUCUCUGGGGUAUUUUGGGGGGGGGGUCUCGGUCUGACGCCCCCCCCCAGGUGCAGGAGGGGGCGGGGGACCCCUUCAGCCGGGGCUUCCCCUCCUUCCGCGGCCACGCCCCCCCCGGGCCCCCCCCGGGCGUGCCCCCGAUCCCCGCGCACCCCCUGAGCGCCGCCACGGCCGCCCGGCUCCUCAGGUCCCUGGAGCCCCCCCUGGCCCCCCCGCGCUGGGGGGUCCCGGGGGGGUCGCUGCGGUUCCGGCCCCGCCCGGGGGGGCGGCGCCUGCAGCUGCGGGUGGGGGCGGGGACGCGCCCCGGGACCCUCACCAGCGUCUUCGGGGCCCUGCGGGGGCGGCUGGAGCCCGACUGUUACAUCAUCGUGGGGGCCCAGCGUGAUUCACUGGGGCCGGGGGCGGCGGCCUCGGGCGUGGGCACCGCCCUCCUGCUGGAGCUAGCGCGGUUCUUCGCCGCCAUUGGCCGAGAGGGCUUCCAGCUCCGCCGGACCCUCCUCUUCGUCAGCUGGGACGGGGCCGAGUUCGGACACUUGGGGGCCACCGAGUGGCUCGAGGGCUACCCCGACCUCCUGCACACCAAGGUCGCCGCCUACAUCAGCCUGGACCGCGCCGUGCUGGGGGCCGAUCGGUUCGUGGUCAGGACCAGCCCCACCCUGGUGCCCCUGAUCGAGAGCGCCCUGGAGCAGGUGGAGAGUCCGAACGAGGGCGGGAAGAGCCUCCUGGAGCAGCUGACGCGGCCGGGGCGGGGCUGGGAGAGCGACGUGAUCCGCCCCCUGGCCCCCGACAGCGGCGCCUUUCCCUUCACCGCGGCCGCGGGGGUCCCGGCGCUGGAGCUCGGCUUCGAUGAGGCCGUGGGUGGCACUGGCGGGUCCCGCGCGGCGCUGGGCACCCCCGAGGACACGCUGUCCCGGCUGGGCGCGCGGCUCCGGGGCCGCCUCCCCGCCGUGACCCGCGCCGUGGCCGCCGUGGCCGCGCAGCUCCUGCUCCGCCUGGGCCACGACCCGCGGCUGCCGCUGGAGCCCGCGGCCAUCGGGGACGCGCUGGUGCGGCAGCUGGCCCCGCUGCAGGCGCGGGGCCUGUCCCUGCAGUGCCUCUCCUCGGCCAGAGGGGGCGUGGUGCGCGCGGCGGCCGCGCUCCGUCGCGACAUGUCGGGAUCGGACGGCUCCAACGAGCGCCUGAACCGCGGCUUCAACGCGCGCCUCAUGGCCGCCGAGGCGUCGCUGCUGUCCCCGUUCGUGUCCCCUCUGGUGUCCCCGUUCCGCCACGUCCUGCUGGGCCAGGGGGGACACACGCUGGCGGCGCUGGUGGCCGAGCUGGGGACAGCGCAGGGGACACCUGGGGACAGCACGGGGACACCUGGGGACAGUGUGGGAACACCUGGGGACAGCGUAGGGACACCUGGGGACAGCACGGGGACACCUGGGGACAGCACAGCCGCACACAGGGACACUGCAGGGACACCUGGGGACAGUGUGGGAACACCUGGGGACAGGGUGGGGACACUUGGGGACAGUGUCCAGCUGCGGCUGGCACUGCUGGCCUGGACCCUGCGUGGCACGGCCGGGGCGCUGGCCGGGGACAGCGGGGACAUCGGGGACAUCGGGGGUGGCCUUGGGGACAGCGGGGACUGUGGGGACAUGGGGGGGGCUGGCGAUGGCUGGGGGGGCCUUGGGGACAUUGGGAGGGGCCUUGGGGACACUGGGGGGGGCCUUGGGGACAGCGGGGACAGGUGGGGUUAUGGGGACAGCUGGGAGCAGGGUGGCCCUGGGGACACUCGGGGGGACCUUGGGGACACUCAGGGGGACCUUGGGGACACUCGGGGUCGGGGGGGCCCUUGGUGA